UUAGUGUUUCACACAUCAAGCCAGUACUCAACCUGUUUAACACAACCAUCUUGGCACCAGAGGAGGAUGACACUGAUAUGACCAAGUCCUUAAAAAAGAAAAUGUUGGAGUACAUGAAUAGCAAGUAUGAAGACGGAGUCACACAAGAGCUCCUGGAUAUGGCAUCCUUCUUAGAUCCAAGAUACAAGACACAGUACAUCAGUGUUAAUGACGUCCCCAACAUCAGAGCCAGACUGGUGUCAGAGAUGAAGACACUUAUGGAACACAAGCAUUCUGUUGAGUCCACCAGAGUGGAAGAAGUUUCACCCCCACCCACCAAGAUGGCUAAAAAGUCGUUGGCAAGCUUCUUCAAAAAAUCCACUGCAAGUGCCCCAGUACCAAUCGAUCCCUCUGCUGCCAUAGAAGCUGAGCUGAGUGCCUACCUGCUGUCCUCCACCAUUGACAAUGAAGAGGACCCCCUUCUGUGGUGGAGAACUCACAAAGUCAACUUUCCCCAGCUCAGCAACAUGGCAAGAAAAUACUUGUGCAUGCAGGCCACUAGCUCUCCCUCAGAGAGAAUUUUUAGUGCAUCAGGAAACAUUGUGAGUUGUGAGAGGUCCUGUCUGAAGCCAGACAUGGUUAACAAACUAGUGUUCCUGGCAAAGAAUCUGUAACUACUGUGCUGUAACUACCUCUGUUCUGUUAUGCAUUUUCUGCAUACUGUUAUGUUGUCAUACA